ACAGUCUGAAACGCACCUGUGAAACUUCAGAGCUGAAUAAAUUCCAAAUGAGAUUUAUGCAUUGCUAAAUCCAAAAUCGUCAUCUCGAAGAAAUGCAGAAUCAAGACGAUAUUCGGAAACUCCCGAUCGACAUCGCUUUUGCUCGUCUCGGAGAAUGGCUGGUGGAUCGGAAGAGGAUCCCGGCGGACUGGAGAAAGCGAAUGGCGGCUGUGAGGGCGAAGAUUUCCACGUCGUUUGCUGCACUGCCCAAAGACAUUGAUCCUUUUUUCCAAACCCUUGACCUUGAAGGAAUUGGCUAUCUGGAAGCAAAGAAAAUAUAUGAAAUCCUCUUACAGUCAACUCCAGAAAGCCGCAAUAUAUUUGGUCGGCUUUCAGGUGCUGCGGGUGAUUGGGAGACCAUAGUGCGAGCAUACGAGAAAGAUCAUAUUUAUCUUGGUGAGGCUGCUCAGAUAAUGGUCCAAAAUGUGAAUUAUGAAAUCCCAUUUCAGAAGAAGCAAGUCCAAAAGAGUCAGCAACAGCUUGUGGAAUUAGAGCGAAAAGAAGCUGAUAUAAAGCGAAAUGCAGCUCUUUCGGCAGCAAAAUAUUCAGAGGCUUGUCAGGAGCUAGGAUUGCAGGGUGUAAAUGUCAGGUUAGAGUUGUUUGAAACAGCUGUAAAAUCUCUUCCGAGCACUUUUGGUCAGAUGCUAGAAUUGUUGAACAGUGACUCCGUUACAAUGGCCAUUGAGUUUUACUCAACAUUUGUUAAAGAUGCUCAUACAGAGAAGGAUAAAACUCCUAGCCCUGUGUUGCCAAACUUGAUACACAUUCGCCUAAAUCCCCCUUCUCUUACCGUUUUUGUGAGUCCUGAAGUUUUUGGUAUUGUCACCACUGAAGUAAGCAAUGAUGAACCUGCACUCAUAGCUGCUGGGGAAGCAGAUAUUGCAGCUGAAAGCAUUGACUGGGAUAUUACUUUGGGGAGCUCUGACAUUGAUUGGGAUAUUGGUGCUGUAGAAACAGAAGAUAAUGGAAAUGGAUUGGGUCCAUAUGAAAUUGUUAGUGCUAGUGAUGCUUUACCAAAUUCUCCUCAUGGAGAUGAUGCUACGACUCACCAGGUCAUGGAAAACUUGGAAGGCACAGCUCAAGAUGUCUCUCUGCCAGGUAUUGAUUGGGAUAUAAGUGUUGAGAAUCCAGAGGUUGGCGGGGCUGAAGCAACUGUUGUAACAAGCACUCCCACGGAAUCUGGUUUAAUCGAUCAUUAUUCUAAAGCUGAAGCAACUGGAAGUAGCCAAGUAAGGAGUCAGCUUAUGGAAACAGAAUACCGGAACAAGAUACUUGAUGACUUAUUUGAGGUUAAAGCAUUUCUGAACCAACGGUUGCUUGAAUUAACAAAUGAAGAAACCUUAUCUUUACAACAUCAAGUCCAAGCAGUAGCUCCCUAUGUGCUCCAGCAGUACUCUUCUGACUCUAUCUGUGAGAUGUUAUCAAAUGUAUCUUUAGCCAUCUCAAAGUUAACUAAUAGGAAGACGCGGGACAUGAUAAUGAUAUUGAACUCUAGAAGAUUUUUGGAUCGUUUAGUAACUACACUGGAGGAAAAGAAGCACCAUGAAUCUAAGUUAAAGGAAGGGCUGAAAGACCUUUAUGCUAAACGCCUGGAGCUACAAAAUUCACUAUCUUCCUCAUGGCCCAGACAAGAAGCCGCGCUUGUGAAAACCAGAGAGUUAAAGCAACUUUGUGAGACUACGCUUUCAAACCUUUUCGACGGAAGACCUGUCAAUAUCAUUGGAGAGAUUAACACUCUGUUGAACAGUGGCUUAAAUGUAUAAAUUCCAUAAACUAGUUGUCUGAGACUUGUAAUGAUAGUUCUUAACAACGGUGUUAUGUUCAUGAUAUCAAAGUGACCUUUGAAUAGCCAAAACCAAAUUUUUGGCUAUAAACUGUUUUUCGAACAAA